GCCCUCAUGUCCGAUCUCGAACGCUACAUCAGCGACAAUGCUAUCAGGUUCUUUGGACUCUCAGACCGUAGUAUUGUGGACUAUGUUGUAGCGUCAGCAUCAUCCACCAAGUCCGCCGACGCCCUCUUCGCCUCGCUCAGCGCGUCCGGCCUCCCGAGCACACCAGAAGCGCAUCAGUUCGUGCAGGAGGUCUUCUCUCGGGUUCCACGCAAACACAAGCACAAGAAAACGUCUGACGCGUCUCACAAACAAGCCGAGCAGGAGGCGAAGGUGCUGCGGUCGCAGAAAUUCGGGUUCUUGCUGGACGAAGACGACGCUGGGGUGGUCGAGGCCGGUGGGUCGCGGGGCUCGGGCAAAAAGGAAAAGAAGGAGAAAAAGGAGAAGAAGGAGCGGCAUCUGCGCAAGAGGGAAGGGGACACGAGGGAGUGGGAGAGCGACGAGGAGGAGAAGGCGAGGAAGCGGCCAAGGCAGGACGACUAUGACGAGGGGUCGAGGCGGGACCGGGAGCGCGGUGGGGACAAGGAGGACGACGACAUGAACGUGGAAAUGCCUGAGGACGAGGAUGCGCGGCGGGAACGGGAGCGGCUGGAGGACCUGCGCGAGAGAGACGCAUUCGCAGAGCGUGUUCGGGAGCGGGACAAGGAGAAGACGAAGAAGGUGGUAGAGGAUCGAUCUUCGAAGAGCAGUGGCGCGGCGGCGGAGGCAGCGGAGCGACGUAGACUCGCGGACGACGCAGAAGCCCGCGACCGCGCAAUGCCCAACUUGCGGGAGCGCUCCCGACAGGAGUAUCUCACGAAGCGUGAGCUUCAGCAGAUCGAGCUGCUCAAGCGCGAGAUCGCGGACGACGAAGCACUGUUCCAUGGUAUGAAGAUGACGAAGAGGGAGAAGCGGGAGUUGGAGAAGAAAAAGGAACUAUUGCGAUUAGUAGAGGAACGGCUGAAGAUCAACGAUAAAUGGGAAGGGUACCAGCUGCCGGAGGACUACUUUACGGAACAGGGGAAGAUCGACAAGAAGAAGAAGGAGAGUGUCCUGUAUAGGCGUUACGAGGAGGCGAAGCCGAAGGACGACCAAUUCACAACGGAUGUCGACCAGUGGGAGGCCGCGCAGACACAACACAGUACGUUCAAGACCGGUGCCAUGGACAAGCAGGAACUCGUAGAUGACUACGAGUAUGUCUUCGACGAGAGUCAAACCAUCAAGUUCGUUCUAGAGUCCAAGCUUGACGGCGAGAACACAAUGAGUGCCGCGGACAGGUUACUACAGCAGCAGAUCGACGAGGCUGAGAAGCGAGCCAAGACCAUGGAUGAGACUCGGAAGUCCUUGCCCAUCUACCAGUAUCGCGAGCAGCUCCUCGACGCCAUCAAGGAACACCAGGUCCUUAUUGUCGUCGCAGAGACUGGCUCUGGGAAGACGACUCAGCUCCCCCAAUACCUUCACGAAGCUGGUUACACCGCAGGCGGCUUGAAGGUCGGCUGUACCCAGCCCCGUCGCGUUGCAGCGAUGUCCGUCGCAGCGCGUGUCGCUGAUGAGAUGGGAACGAAGGUCGGCUACGAGGUCGGUUAUUCCAUUCGUUUCGAGGAUUGUACGAGCGACAAGACGGUGCUCAAGUACAUGACCGACGGCAUGCUCCUGCGAGAGUUCCUCACGGAGCCGGACUUGGCGGGAUACUCAGCGCUAAUCAUUGACGAGGCGCACGAGAGGACACUAAGUACGGAUAUUCUUUUUGCUCUUGUUAAGGAUAUCGCGCGAUUUCGACCCGAGCUUCGGUUGCUCAUCUCAAGUGCCACGAUGGACGCCGAGAAGUUCUCCGAAUACUUCGAUAACGCCCCGGUCUUCUAUGGUGAAUCCGAACUUAACCUCAUGCGCGAGUGUCUGCUGACUCUAUGGUCAGUCCCUGGUCGUAGGUACCCCGUGGAUAUUCACUACACACCUCAACCAGAAGCCAACUAUCUGCAUGCGGCGAUCACCACCGUCUUCCAGAUCCACACGACACAACCUAGUGGUGAUAUCCUCGUCUUCCUUACGGGCCAGGACGAGAUUGAAGCUGCUCACGAGAACUUGCAGGAGACGGCUCGAGCACUGGGUAACAAGAUCAAGGAGCUCAUAAUCUGUCCGAUCUAUGCCAACUUGCCGAGUGACAUGCAGGCGAAGAUCUUCGAACCUACACCGGAGGGCGCGCGCAAGGUCGUGCUUGCGACGAACAUCGCCGAGACUUCUAUCACGAUCGACGGCGUCGUGUUCGUCAUCGACCCCGGCUUCGUGAAGCAGAACUCAUAUAAUCCUCGGACAGGAAUGUCAUCACUUGUGGUGGUUCCUUGCUCACGAGCCUCUGCCAACCAAAGAGCAGGUCGUGCCGGUCGUGUCGGUCCCGGAAAGGCCUUCCGCCUCUACACAAAGUGGGCCUACGCAAACGAACUCGAAGAAAACACGGUCCCGGAGAUCCAGCGGACGAAUCUGGGCAUGGUUGUCUUGCUACUCAAAUCCUUGGGUAUCAACGACCUCAUCGGCUUCGAGUUCAUGGACCCGCCUCCUGGCGAGACGCUCAUGCGUGCGCUGGAACUGCUUUAUGCGCUUGGUGCGCUGAACGACAGGGGAGAGCUCACGAAAUUGGGCCGUCGGAUGGCCGAGUUCCCCGUCGAUCCCAUGCUGUCAAAAGCCAUUAUCGCGAGCGAGCAGUACUCGUGCACAGACGAGGUUCUCACCAUCAUUUCCAUGCUCCAGGAGUCCUCCUCCCUUUUCUACCGCCCGAAGGACAAGAAGCUCCACGCCGACCAGGCGCGGCAAAACUUCGUCCGCGCGGGAGGCGACCACUUCACGCUCCUAAACGUGUGGGAGCAGUGGGCGGAGACGAACUACUCGCAGCAGUUCUGUUAUGAACAGUUCCUGCAGUUCAAGAGCUUGAGUCGUGCGCGAGAUAUCCGCGACCAGCUCGCCGGCCUGUGCGAACGCGUCGAGAUUGUCGUGGAGAGCAACCCGAACACGAACGACAUCACCCCGGUUCAGAAGGCGAUCACUGCUGGGUACUUCUACAACACGGCAACACUUCAGAAGAGCGGCGAUUCGUACCGGACGCUGAAGACGAACCAAACGGUGUAUAUUCACCCGUCUUCAAGUCUCUUCAACCACACGCCUCCUAUCAAGACUGUCCUCUACUAUGAGCUCGUCAUGACCUCCAAGUCGUAUAUGCGGCAGAUCAUGGAGAUCAAGCCCGCAUGGCUCAUGGAAGGCAAGUACUCCUGCAAGCAAUGCUUCUUCCGAACGGGCAAUGCUAAUCAACGUCUUGUCACGCUCACAGUCGCGCCACACUACUUCAAAGCGGCCGACCUGGAGCAGCUUGCGACAGGCGACCGGAAGAUGCCCAAGGCGAUGACUGGCAACCCCACCGCAUCUCCUCAACUUCCACCGACAAUCAGGCAAGGUAUCCUCAACCUACCAGGGACGACGCCUGAAGCGAAGCGCGUCGCCGAACGGGUCCUAGAGGAGGACCGGCACAAACAUCAUUGCUUCUAUGGCAGAGUCGGUUUCCACAACCACCUUAGCCACCAUCUCCUAGCAGUGUAUGACCUGGGUGCGCCUGCCGCGCUCCUGCAGAAGAUAUACGAUCGCGAGGCCGAGUCCCAGUCGGAUAUUGAGACUUGGGAACGAAAGAGCGGGAAGAUCGAGGCCGCACACGAGACGAUCACCAAUGAGAAUUGGACAAACUUCCUCGGGGACGAGAGGUACUAUCCGAGCUACCUCGAGUUCUUCACAAAGACUAUCGCCGGGCUUGGUGCGGGGCAAGUGCUUGAGAAAUACGUGUUCGCCCCUGCUGCAAACGGCAAUGAGGCGUAUAUGCUGCUGCGAUUCGUUGGAGGCGCGUUACACCCACUUAUUCAGACAGGGUACGGUGCCGAGUUUAGUAGCGACGCCAUGAUAGCGCAAGCUCUGGCCCAAACAGCGGUGCAUAACGCAUUUCACCCAGAGCUAUUCGACCUCAGCAACGCGCCUCCACCCUUGACGGUCCUCGACUACAAGGCGAGACGACCUACUCAUCGGCAGCCUCACAGGGGCUCUUCUUUGCUCCAUAUCCUCCGUCAAGCGUACGAUUCCGAAAUCAUGAAGCCCGUUAUGCCCUACGACCCUGAUGCGCUCCUGUCUGCCCGCUUCAAGUCCGCUUUCGAGGACGGCACACGCGUCAAGGAGAUCCGCCGUCUCUCAGCGCUCUGGCAGAUCGACGCCUCACGCGGCCAGCUCGAGUUUGACGAGAAGGUCGAGGAGCUCCUCUGGACGGCGACUCUCCUCCUCGUGGGCACCGGCAAACCUGGCCACAAGGCCCGCCUGGACUUCUUCCUGAUGCACUUGCUCAACGCGUCGCUCUUCGUGCCCUCGCUCCUCCAGGCGAUCCCCACGACCGAGUCAAAGGCGGCGUUGCUCCGCGCGAUCCCCCCAGUGCUCCUCGCGUACCUCACCAUCCGCGGACGGCCCAGGAUCGACCCGGGGCUGGCGAUGUCGUUCACCGAGUUUCCGCGCCCGCCGCCCAACGUGGACGUGGCGGAGUCACACGCAGAUGCCGUUGGGGACCCGCGUGACCCGAAGGACCAUAACCCGUGGCCGGUCAUCGUGUCCGACGUUCUCCACGCGCCCGACGCGCACACCGUCAAGGCUGUCCGUGCCCUCUACUACGCCGCGCAGAAGUACGGCCGCAUACCACCUGGAGAGGUCAUCGGAGCGUUCGACGCUGAAGGGAGGGAGACGCACCCGGGGAUCGCCAAGGUGGACGGGACGCUGUUCGUGAGGGCGGCUGGGGUCGUGAUGGAUACGCUCGGGUGGGUGGCGCAUGGACAGAAGGAGGGAGGCUGGGAUCGGAGUGCGCUGGGUUGGGACGACGCGUGGAAGAACGAAGAAUGA